AUGAAGAUCCUCAUCCUCACCUGCCUGGUGGCUCUUGCUCUUGCAAGGGAGGAUGAACACCAAGAUAAAAUCCAGUCCUCUUUCCAGCCACAGCCUCUAAUCUAUCCAUUCGUUGAGCCUAUCCCCUACCCUUUCUUUCCACAAAGCAUUCUGCCUCUUGCUCAGCCUGCUGUGGUGCUACCUGUCCCUCAGCCUGAAAUAAUGGAAGUCUCUAAAGCUAAAGACACUGUCUAUACUAAGAACAAAGUGAUGCCCAUCCUUAAAUCUCCAACGAUGCCCGUUUUUCACCCUCAACUCCUGAAACUCACUGCUCUUGAAAAUCUGCAUCUUCCUCUGCCUCUGUUCCAGCCCAUGAUGCACCAGGUCCCUCAGCCUAUUCCUCAAACUCUUGCACUUCCUCCUCAGACUCCUGUGCUUCCUCCUCAGCCCCUGUGGUCUGUUUCUCAGCCCAAAGUCCAGCCCAUCCCUCAGCAAGUGGUGCCCUACCCUCAGAGAGAUGUGCCUGCUGCAGCCUUUUUGGUCAAUCAAGAACUUUUACUUGACCCCACCCACCAGAUCUACCCUGUGUCUCAGCCAUUUGCCCCAGUUCAGAAGCCCAUUAGU